UCCUCGAAUCAGCGCCGAGCGGAGUGAAGGGUUCCAGCUUUUUACCAUAUACUUGUUCAGACAAUACAAAUGUUCGCUAUGUUUCCAAAACAAAUAUAACCAGUGAGCAUAAAUAAUUCAAUGAAAUCCUUGCAAAUGCUGUUUCAAUAUCUAUGCCGUGGCCAACUGCCGCUUGGAAAUCCUCUGUCUGCACCUCACGUCGUGGUUGGUCUCCAGGCUGCGCCUAAAGCCCGUUUCCACGGCAACGCGGUCAGAAGUUCCAAACAGGAGUCUCCGCUAACGCUCGGUCAACAACUAACGAUGUUUUCAGAAAACGUGUCAGAUGACAUGAUUACCGAUCAGUCAUCACCAGCAUCACCCGAAGAGCAAUCAGGGUAUCCAGUGAUAAAUGGCCAGAUCUCCCAGAUUCCAGGACUGUCCCAAACCAUCAGGACUCUGCCUAACGAGAGGGCCCAAGGGCGCAGGGCAGGAGUCCUAGAAAGUGACUCGGACUAUGUCAAGCUUGCAAAACAAGGAGGGCAUAAGGGACUUUUAUGUCACGAGGAAACAAUUACCUCUAAACCUCAACGAUACCAACCUCCAAACUGGUUCUGCACUGAAUCCGGAGACAACGACAAACCGCGUCUAAUUAACAGUGAGGAGAAGAAAGCCCCUGGAGCUUUUCAACCAGCAGAGCCCCCUUUUGGAACUGACAACAUGUCCACCUGGGAGAGGGAUGAUACCAGCAGCAAUGACCAAGAGAUGAACAACAACGUCCAUCACAGUCAAAGGAAGAAACUGCAGUCAUCUACACAGCAUCACGAGAAAAACAAAUACAAGAGGAUAUUAUAUGACAAGAAUCCUGCUCCUGUCAACAUGUCCAAGCUGUUGAGUUUUGGUUAUGCUGAAGAUGACAAACCAGCAGCCAACAUUGACCUUUCAGAUUAGAAGACUUUGCAGUGCCGUGGGGGAAAAGGAAGUAGAAACCCCAAUGCUUCCAGCAGCAAUAGGUUGCCAUUCCUCCUCCAUUUGUGAAUUUCUUAAACCUUUCAUAAAAAGCAACAGCAAAUGUUUUAAUUAGUUUUGAUUGAUCUGUCAUUUUAGAUACAUUACUCAAGUGUGCGAGUCCUUCAGUGAAUUAAAGCUAGAGGAUCUUUUAUUUAUUUUGCGUGUUAGUCGUGCCUCCUUCACUGCAAUCGUUAAGUGAAGAAGGCGCCAGCAAGUCUUCUGUUUUUUUCUGUAACUGUAUCGUAGUGAAAGGGCCACUUUAAGGAAGACAAGUUUGAUUAUUUCAAUAAAAUAUAAAGUGAUUUUUAAUGUUUCAAAUGCUUUCUUUUUUUUCUUUUGUCUAAUUUAAAUGUACAUUAUAUUUCUCUACACUGGGUGACAUUUUAAUGGUAUGAAUUUUCCACAUAAUUCUUUAGCAGUACAACCAACAAUGGUUCAUUGCCUGUGUACUGUGUAACCACAGCGACCUGUUUUGGACGCAGAAUUGGACAUCAUGUGUGUGCGCGUGAGUCUUCGUUUCACCACAACAAUGUGUUACAUGUCAGUGUCAAGAGGUUAUCUCUGACCUCUGGGAACAUUUUUCAUUACAUAACGUCUGUGUUUUUCCACGCCCCUCCGAUUG